CUGUGUGCUGCAUGUGCGUCCAUUCAUGGAUAGAGAUUUGACGACAGAAAUGCCCCGAAUAGAGCAAUAACACUCGAGACGUAACUGGCAUUCACACGAUCUUUGGAAUGGGGCGGGAUGGUGUGAUUGUCGUGCUUCUUGCUUGUACUACGGUUGCGGCAGGUUCAGUGGACACAACCAACAUGAUUUGCAAAGCCUCUGGAAUCUCCGUCGGCAAUAUCUCGGACAAGAGCCCCAUGUCAUUUUGCAUCGAGCACCAAUAUCCGCGAUGCUGCGUGCCCGUCCAAGAGGCCCAAAUUAUAACAUUUUACACAACCCUCUUGGACACCGGGGUUUCGUGCAUGCUCGAUGUGACCAACCCAGGUCACGUGCCGCUCAAGCAAAUAUUUUGUGCGCCGUGCUCUCCUUUAGCGCCCAUGUUCUUGUCGCCGCCUCAAAACACUGCAUUCUUUACGUCUGCCUCAACGUUCAAGAUCUGUCGCUCACUCGCUGGACGGUUAACUCCCGCGCUGUUUGACCACUGCGGUUUCGCCUACGUCGAUCGCGUGGGGUUUUGUACACCAAAGCGAGCCAUUGCGCCUGGAUCGUUUUUCAUGUCCUGCAACGAAGGUGAACACGUGUGCUUCCGCCAGAAUGAGACGCGGUGGUACUGCGGCGCACAUUCGUGUGGCUUGGACGUUCCGGUCGGGUUGGCAAACCUACCAUGCUCGAACGAAACUUGCACGGGUGUGUUCAAGUUUCUCAACGACAACCGAGGGGCCAAGCCUCCAUUUUACGAAGACACCGCCGUGGAAAUCGUCGACGAAAAGGAGUGGCCGUACUGUUUGGGCAUGCAAAACCCACGAACAGUCAUGGACGAGUUGUAACCAGGUGAUGAUAUGAUCGUCGAUUGCCGGGAGAGGUCCCAUGCCGUCGGUAAUACCAUUUGAAAGUAGAGUCGCAUCAAGAACAUUCCACUCAUCCGUUCAAAGGGUAGCUAUGGAAUGGUUGGGGCGUGCUGUGCUUCCUCGGCAUACCAUGCCGUCCCAUCUAACAUCGAGUGACAAGAUUAUCAUUUUAUACGGU